AUGUAUCAAACGCCAGAGACCGAGACACAGCAAGACAGAGAGAAAGAUGCUGCCUAUGUAGUCGUCGGGUGCGUGGCGGCGUGGGACAAGGCAAGACUGCCAUAUGAAGAACUGAUCACGCACUUGUUCGCUUUCGCGAGUCUUUUCCCUUCCUUUCCUUCCCCGUUUCUACCUUCUUUGCCGCUAUCGCUAGCUAUUUGGCUAGCCAUUGCCCAUUGGACGGCUCAAAGGCUACUCUCUCUGACGGCCAUUUGCCCAUUGGCAGUCGAAAGGCUGCUCUCGGAAUCCGUCCUACCUAUAUAG